AUGCAUAAGGAUUUUCAUAGCGGAAAUAUCAUCAUUUCUGGUGAAUAUUCUUAUAUUUCCGACUUUGGAUUAUGUAAGAGCGUUAAUUCUGAAGCCCGGGAUAGUAUUUUUGGGGUUAUUUCAUACAUUGCGCCUGAA